AUGAAUCCCCCAGCUGAUGACACUGAAUUGACUCCCGAGAAGCUCGGGGAAGAAAAGGAGGGAGGGGCUUUGUUCCACUGUCACCUUUACGAUGCGGACAUUGUGCACAAAAUAGCCGAGGAGUUCCUCCCUGGAUUGGCUUCUGCAUGUGUCGACAACACGACCGGAGGCCUCUUCCGGAGCCCGGCUUCCGUGGCAGUAGACAUACGAAGGGAGAUGGUCGACUAUCUUACCCAAAGGAGCGAAAAUUUCGUGGUCGAGUCCGUGGUGUUAGAAGGCGGCCCCAACAUUGACCUUCCUGAGGACCCUUAUGAUAUAAUCUCUGACUUCAUAGAUGAUUUUGCGAGUUCGAAGAGGAACUUUUUCAGCCGGGUUUCGGGAUGGUUGCUGAGUGAAAGAAGGGAAGACAGGAUAGAUGAUUUUUCACAGGAAAUGGAGAUUGGUGGCUUUUGGUUGCUUAACCGGAGGGAAUCUGUAGCUCACACUAUUCUGAAAAACGCAGAUUUCAACAACAUGUAUCACUGUAGCUUGAGCUUUAAAUCUGAAGAAGAAUUGGAGGCGCAUAAGUUAAAUUGUAGUUUUAGGACCAUAAACUGCCUGAACGAGGGGUGCAAUUUUAGGUUUAGUGCUGCUCAGAUGGAGCAACACGACCAGACGUGUCCCUUCAAGAUAAUUCAAUGUGAGCAGAACUGCUCAGAGAGUAUAAUGAGGCGCGACAUGGAUAGGCACUGCAUAACAGUGUGCCCUAUGAAGCUGGUGAAAUGCCCCUUUUAUUCAGUUGGUUGUCACUCCUCGAUUCCUCAGUGUACAAUCGAGCAGCAUCGUUCGGAGAGUCUCGACGCUCACUUGAUAUGCAUUCUGCAGCUUGUUUACAAGGAAGCGAAGACAGAAGAUCUCAAGGAAAGAGUUGAAGAACUUACUAAGUUAGCUUCUACUGAAAAGCUAGCAGCAGCUCGUGAUGUACGAUCCCUAACCUUUGCAAUUAAGGAUCUCGAUGCGAAGCUUGGCCCAUUAAAACUCAAGACUGCUGCAGAGAGCGACGAUGAGGUCAAUGAUUUGACUGAUGAGAAGGAUGAAAAGGAUGAGAAGACCGCCUCACCAAACAAAAAGCUCAGUGUGGAAUCUCUAAGAACAAAUACAGAAACUGCAAACUCACCCCCAAAAGUCAGCGAUUAUAAGGAAGAAGAAAAGGUAAAGGGAAUGGAAAAUGGAAAGGAAGAAGAAAAGAUGAAGGAAAUGGAAACAGUGAAGGAAAUGGGAAAGGCAAACCCACCCCCAAAACUCAGUGAUUAUAAGGAAGAAGAAAAGGUGAAGGACAUGGAAAAUGAAAAUGAAAUGGAAAAGGUUGACGAAAACGAGAACAAAAUGGAAGAGAAGAACAAAAAGGAAAUGGAAAGGAAAGAGGAAAUGGAAAAUAGAAAUGUAAAGGAAUCAGAAAAGCAAAAGGAAAAGUUAGUGGAGCCUACGAGCAGUGUUACUGAGCCGUCGUUAGAGUUGGAACCUGAUAACAAAAAUUCUGUUGCAUCAGCCGCUGUGCAACAAGAUUUUAAUGAAUCACCACGUCUAGCAAGAGGAGACAGUUCAGCAGAAUUUCGCAAAGCCGACGUGCUACUUCUUGAGAAUCCAUCCAAGGAAAAUAUAAGCGAACCACCUAAAUACGAGCAUGUUUAA